UACAUUAUCAGACACCAAAUUUUUUGUGCUGCAUGCAAUUUGUGAGUUAUUAACAGGUAAGAAUGCAAAGUACAGUCACCUCGUGUAGCGUCUCAGGUAUGCAACAUCGGAAAAGACAACGAAUUGCAGAUGCGUUUUUGCCCUCAUGAAAAUUUUAAAUGGAAAUGGAAGUUCCAUGAAAAUGCUAAAUUGAGAGCAGCGUCUGAAAUUCAUCUUAAAACAUAGCGUCAUUUGCUUUAAUUUUCCAUUUUUGGAAUAACGGGAGUAUAAUUGUCAAUGAUGAUGUUUUCUGAUUUUAGCAGAUUUGAAAUUGAGCACUCACGUUUGACUGCCAUUUUCAAUUAGCAAAAAAUGAAUCCCCCAAUUUUCUCAGUAUUCCUAACUCUGCUCGUCCCGUUAAUUGUUUCUUCUGAACACAAGGUUUCCCUCAGGUCAGACGUUAUAGUCGAAGGGAUAACUGCUUAUCCAUCCUGGUACAUUAGCGAACCGACCAGCAGUACGACGCAGACUCCGACUUUAUAUCGAAUCGAUGGGGCCUUGUACCCAGCCGCCCUUAUCGGUCCGGUCACCCACGGCCCAGAUCCAGAAUACACAAAGGACACAACCCUUCGACUCAAUGGCCAGGUCUACAACAUUAAAGAAUCCGGUCGACUCAGUCGUGGCGAUUCAUACCUACCGGGAAAUUCUGGCGACGAUGGUGGCUUAUCCGAUGGCGACGACGACGACACAACUCCAGCCCCAAUCCAAGGUGCCAUAGAUUAUGUUCUCCUCCCACUCAUUUUUAUAGCCAUUGGUGGACCGAUCUUCGUUAUCAUGUACAUCGUAAUGGCCUCCAUUGAGUUCAAACUAACCCCAAAUGUGCAGUUGAGAGAGGAGCGAUCCCUCAACAACCGGAAGCACACUUAUUUCAACCUCCAGACGCUGUACGCCGAGGGGGCGAAACCCUUCAUGGAGCUCGUGGGGCGUGCCUUUGAGGAUGAGAGUUGUCAGGAGCGGAUUGCUUGUGAGAUGGGGUCGUGGUCACGCGGCCUGAGAGAAAUGUCGCCUGGAUUGUUCGACUAUACGGAAGGAUUUGGUCGAAUGCUGGUUCCGUCACGUUUUUCAAAGAGUUAUGACGCCUACAUGACAUCCAUUCGAAAGGACGGGGGAUAUAACAAUUGUCUCAAUUUUAAUUUUACCUGCUUUACAAAAUAAAUUUUAUCACACAAA